AUGUCAUUCACGGCUGCGAUAUUACAGCACUUCAUUGACAACAUUGACAACAUUAUCGGCAUGCUUACCUUGGCACUCGGAGAUUUUCUCUCAUUGGACGAAAUUGAUGGUCUAGACGGUGUUUUUGAGGUGGUUUUCAUGACACCAGAGGUAGAUGGCAUUUCUCGUUUAAUUAUACCGAUCUCGAAAAAUUGGCUGGUUUCAAUAGCUUGGUACGGAAAUAUUGGACCAAAGGCAAUGGAAGGAUAUCCCAGGACUCAAGCAUCUAGUGUUUGGGCUCUCGAGGCAUACCCAGAAUCCGAAAUUACAAAAGAACAUUUAGCUGUCCAGGAAACAAUAGCUAGAUUAAAUGUAAAAUACAAACCGAAUUAG